CGGAAACUACCUCGCCCUCCAACCGCAGCCCAGUUUCUGGGGACCAGGAGACACGUUAAGAUUCAGAAGCCCUGGCCAAGCCGCGGAAGCCUCGGAAACCUGCGAGUUUCACCUAAGAAAAAGCGCACCGAUAUUCCUUCAACCCCACCUGCUUUGGCUCAGCCUCUUAGCACCCCACCCCCUGGAAUCCAUUUUAGCUUUCUUUUUUUAUUAUUAUUAUUAUUAAUAUUUUUAAUCAUUACUCUCUCUUUGUAAAUUUUUUUCUUUCUUUCUUCCUGAAGAGAGACAUAGGAGGGGAACGGGAGGGAGGUGUUGUGGGGUGGGAACGAAGCGUUUUGAUUAGAGAUCUCCGGGGAGAAGAUUGCUCUCCCCAGAUGCUGAUUUCCAAAGCACUUGACAAUCACCGGCAGAACCCGCGAGCGGGCGGCGGCGGCGGCACCGGCCGGGGGGCAGCUCGAGCCUGACGCUGAGUCCUGCCUAGUCUGCCCAGGACGGACGGACGCGCCGAGACCCGGCCGGGACCUGCCCUCCAUCCCGUGCCCUGGAAGAAGGCGGCGGGCUCUCCCUCCCGCCGGGGAGGCGGGCGAGGCUUGAAGGCAGCGCGAGUGGCGGUGGCGGCCCCGGACAGGGCUCCGGUGGCGCGCGGUGAGCGGCGGCGCCCACAGCCCCGGCCCCACUCCCGGCUCCGACGCGGCCGGGAGGCGGCCGACACGACCUCGGCGCCCGGGGCUCGCCCCGCCGCGUCCCGGGAGCAUCUGCGCGCCCGACCCCGCGCUCCGCGGAGAGGGCGAUGGGUCCCAGUCGGGACUAAGCGCCCCUACCCCUCUCCUCAACCCCUCGGGCCUCCUCCCUCCGCCUCCUCGAGGGCGAGCCGCCGUCUGCGCCGCCCCUUCCCUCUCCCGCGUCCCCAGCUCCCCUUCCCUCCGUCCCCUCCCUCCCCGGACCCAUUCCCCGGGCCACCAUGGCCGCGGCCAUCGCCAGCGGCUUGAUCCGCCAGAAGCGGCAGGCGCGGGAGCAGCACUGGGACCGGCCGUCUGCCAGCAGGAGGCGGAGCAGCCCCAGCAAGAACCGCGGGCUCUGCAACGGCAACCUGGUGGAUAUCUUCUCCAAAGUGCGCAUCUUCGGCCUCAAGAAGCGCAGGUUGCGGCGCCAAGAUCCCCAGCUCAAGGGUAUAGUGACCAGGUUAUAUUGCAGGCAAGGUUACUACUUGCAAAUGCACCCCGAUGGAGCUCUCGAUGGAACCAAGGAUGACAGCACUAAUUCUACACUGUUCAACCUCAUACCAGUGGGACUGCGCGUUGUUGCCAUCCAGGGAGUGAAGACAGGGUUGUAUAUAGCCAUGAAUGGAGAAGGUUACCUCUACCCAUCAGAACUUUUUACCCCUGAAUGCAAGUUUAAAGAAUCUGUUUUUGAAAACUAUUAUGUAAUCUACUCAUCUAUGCUAUACAGACAACAGGAAUCUGGUAGAGCCUGGUUUUUGGGAUUGAAUAAGGAAGGGCAAGUCAUGAAAGGAAACAGAGUAAAGAAAACCAAACCAGCAGCUCAUUUUCUACCCAAGCCAUUGGAAGUUGCCAUGUACCGAGAACCGUCUUUGCAUGACGUCGGAGAAACGGUCCCGAAGGCCGGGGUGACGCCGAGUAAAAGCACAAGCGCGUCGGCAAUAAUGAAUGGCGGCAAACCAGUCAACAAAAGUAAGACGACAUAGCCAGAUCCUCACAGGUGUUGUGACUUUCUCGUCCUGAGCACAGUUGAGUGAUUUAUCCUUGCCAGACAUUCCUGCUCCCGUGGCUGAGGAGCGGCUGGAAGCAAGCCGAGGCUUGCUCUCGGCUGUCUUGAACUUCUUGGUUGCAAGCGGAUAAAUCUCAACCUGUCGCGCCCCCAGAACAAGAAGACACCUGGACAACCAGCUAAACUCAGACCAUGGAAUGCCCUACCAGAUAUGGAAUGCCUUUUUAAUAUCUUUUCUGUGACCGUGACACUUCAUGUGAAUGACACACUUCACAAGUACACUCGAUACCUUGCCUGCUGACAGCUACCCAUAAUCCUUUUUGAGUCCUGUUUCAGCGAAAUCCAUGUGUUUCAGUUCAAUUUUGUAGCACACCAAUACUAUUGAGUAAUUUCUAGUUAGACGCUGUAAACCUGUGCUAUUAUGGAUUUCUCUUCUCCCCGUUUUUACAGGGCUGCUCGCUCCACUGUCUGUGACCUUUUGCAGAGAUUGUACUCCUCUAAAUCUUAAAUGUGACAGUUGGCCUAGUUCGGAGAGCGAUCAGGGAAUCAGGAAGCCUUCUAAACCUAUUAUUACAAAUUGCAUCUAUAAAGAUUAAGAGUGUUGUCUCCGGCUCCCACUAUCGAUUAAACACACAUAUACGCUCUGUCCAGUAGCAGAUACUGUGCUCUUGAGGACGGCGUUGCCUGGGUGAGAAAUGGGUCAAACACAGUCCAGGGGGAAGCUCUCUACGAUAUGUGUUUGACCUUCCCCCUAUAGUUUCUUUGUGUGUGUGUGUGUUUUAUACAUAUCACAAGCUUACUGGUAAUGGUAACAUUUGCCUUGCCCAGCGAGCAAGACCCACUGUUUUUGAGAAAGUGGGUCCAAAGAACUCUGUAGGCCUUGUAGGCCUGAUUAAGGUUCAUUUUUCAUCUACUGAUCCUCAUUAUUUGGAAAAAAGAAAAAGAAAAUUCAGUAAUUACAACCUACAAGAAUUGCGCUACCUAAAUCCAUUUCCGAUAUAACCCUACCUGUUUUUAAUGACCCGAACUGAAUGCCAUCCCCGGUUUUGGCUGCGUUCCACUCAUACUCAGCAGAGCAUGGGCAAGGCGGCUGUUGUGUUCUUUUCUGCAGCAGCAAUGCAAACGUUAGUUAUUAAAUUAGACUUUAAUAUUUUUGGUGUUUAAUGACAAGUUUUUAAACUGGACAUAUUAGGAAAAACUAUUUUUUUUAGCUCAGCAUGCUGAGUCAGGAACUGUGUAUCUCACCACUCCAUACCUGUAACUCAGCUUCUUGGGGCCCCGGUUGCCCAGUGGCUGGGGUGAGGUGCCUUGCCAUGAGCUCAGAAUGCAAUCUGUUGAAUUCUUCUGGAUAAAAUUCAAGGCAAACCAACACGUUCCAACAUCAGGUUUUUGGUCCACUCCAUUGAUUUGCUUUUAUUUUGCUUUCUUAAUUUCCUUUUUGCCUAAGUCCGAGCAUAGGGAAGACAACCGCUAAGAAAGGCCACCACCAAUGGUUGACUGCACAGGGAAGAAACCAUGCAAAACGUUCGCUAUGGGAUGUAAGGAGUUUCAAAAUGUGGAAUACGAAACUGUUUGGAAAUAUAUUUGUUAACUCUGUGUAUACUUAAUAAAAUUCAAUGUUUCCUCCUCAGAAGAGUUAACUGAGACCAAACUGAACCUCAUUUAUAGAAAACUAUAUGCAGGAUCAUGUACUAGCCUCUUGUGAUUAUUUCCAUGAGGAAGGCUGGCCCAGUCGCCACCCCCCCCCCUCACCGCGCCCCUUUCCCCCCGCACCUGCACUGUAUUUCCUGGGAAAUUAUUUUGCGUUCCUAAGUCUCCAUGACAGCCCUUGCCCGGCAUUUAAAAAAUUUUGGCCUGCUUAGCUGAUUAAAGAUUUAGUAUAAAUUUAACUGUUUAUGCUUACUUCAUUUUCAUAUUGGAUUUCAUUUUAAUAAAUAAAAAGUUAGCAUAACGUUUGAGUAGAUUUAUUGUCAAUAAUGCUAAAGUACGAAUACAACAAAACAAUUCCUUCAACCAUUCUUGAUUUCUUGUGACACCGUUUUAAAGCCUAUUGUUUUCAACAGGAUGAGUUAAAAUCCGUUAGAUGAAUUUCACGAACCAAUUAUUUAGGGAAGACAUGUAUUCUAUAAUCUGUGGCAAACCGAAUUAUUUAACUUGACAUUCCAAUUAGAUGGGCUUAUAGACACUGCUUGCCCCAACACACACACACACACACACACACUCACACACACACACACACACACGUACACACCAAACAACCCCACCUAUUUGUUUUUGGUAAUCAGCCCUACUUGCUAUUUUUUUUUCCCCCUGCAAGCCUAUUUAUUGGUUAAAAUUAAGACAAGAUUUAUUUUUGUAAAUGACUGAGAUUUAUGUCAAUGUGCACUUCUGUUUUGUUUUUUAUAUGAGUUGUCUCCAAGGGCAUUUAUCCCUAUGAAUGGAUGUCAAAUACUUUCUUCUAAUAUAUGUUUAGACAUAUUGCUGACAGGUCCUUGUUAUUUGUAAAUUAGACGGUUUCCUUUGUGUCUGGUCUCACCUGUUGCAUGGGACGAGCACAGCACCGAUGAACUGCAUGUAGUAGGACCUGUGUAUCAAGAACUGUUGGUAUGUACUAUUCAAUUUACAUACAAAGAGUCUGUCUGCAUUGUACAGUUUCUGUGUUUAAUACCAUUUGUUGUAUUCACAAAUACAACAUAUUGAAUAAAAUACUGAUAUGAAGGCAUAUUACAAAACAUCAAACAACUUUAUGUAACAAAAUGGCAUUGCUUCACCCAUGAAUAUAGAGAAAUGUCAUGUAAAUAAGUUGGUACACUCAAUGUUCCCCUUGACCAUGCCAAAGAAAAUUUUAGCUCUUUGAUGAUACCUCUCUUGCUAUUUUUCUGGGAUAAGAUGCCACCUUUUUUUCCCCUCAAAAAUUAAGUUUGCUGUUAUUAAGCAAGUGCAAUCUGUCAUCAUUGAUGUUCUGUAUAGUAAAUCUGAUGGAAUUCAUUUGUAUCUACAGACCGUGUGUUUUGUACCUCCAUGUACAUAUGUCAGUUGCAUCGAGUCUCUCUAAUGUUACAUUCCUUUUGCAUGCCUAUCUGGUAGGGGAGGAUUACUUCUACUGAUCUGUUACGGUAGCUGACUGCUUCACCCAUCCCUCUGCAACCCUUGGGAAUGUUCGUUGUUUUGAUAUUCCAACAGGGGACACCACUUUUAUUUUCUUUUAAGUUUGCUUUCUAAAAUAUUUGGCUACAACUUUACUUGGAAAAAUUAUGGAAGCGAUGCAGAUGGUGCACCCUAUGUAAAGAGUAAAAUGGUACUGAGCAAGAUUUCGUUACAAAUCCUGCGGAAUUUAGAGAUUCUUGCCCUAAACAUUUGCCUGCCCUGUUUGGGGAUAGGAGAUAGCUUUAGGAGCUCCACAAAUGGGCCAACAAGACUCCUGCUGCAGUCCUUCUAAUUGUUUACCUCUUGGAGAGUAAGCAGAGUGAGUAUUUUUAACACACCUGGCCAGUUGCUCACUUAAUGCCUAAAGCACUAAAUGUUUUCGAGAUGACCAAUGUUAGAUUUGGUUUUCUUUUAGAAAACAAAACAACAACAACAACAACUUCCUGUUCCUUAAGUUAGACAUGUAUCACUUCAUUUAAGGUUUUAUUCCUAAUACUACAGGGAGAACUAAUGUUUGAAGGAGAGACCAGAUUGACUAAGAAAUCCAUUUUAGGAGGAAAUAAAAUAAUUGAAAACUAUUUUCGAUUGUAUUUAAGAACAAGACUAUUUCCAGGGAAAGCAACUGGCUAAACACAAACAUACCAACAUCCAGACGCAAACGGUGUUACUCUGGAGUAAAAUACACCUCCUAGCCUAAGUUUCUUAGCUUACAAGGGGGCACACAAGGCCUACUGACUCUUGGGUAGUGGGUAGGGCCUCAGAGUUUGAUAGUGAGUCUGCAAGCAAAGGCUGAGUGGUGAUUCGUUUUUUUUUUUUCCUCAGUUAUCAUUCCGUCUGAUCCUGAUGUUUGCUGGCAAAGAUUGUGUUUGCAUUUGAAGUGGUGGAGGCCAUUCCUUUCAAGGUGCUGCAGGAAUCUAGAUGAGCUCAAGGGGGUCCCGGGAGAAAAUGGGGUAUAAUUAUAUUAGCCUCCCGGGUCUUAGGACCUUAGCUGAAUUUUACUGAAAAGUCCUUGUGGAAGAAUUCCUCAGUAAUGGUGUGCCAACAAGCAAGGUGAAUGCCAACACCAGCGGCAGACAUGUCGCGUGCUUCCCAACGGACGUUCAUCUCCCCACAACUUCACACGGACUCAAACAAGCCGAUGAGCUUCGCACAUUUACCCUUCCCCUACUACAAGUCUGUUCCUGCCCUGCCUUUUUUUGAAAGAGGGAGUUUUUUACCUUAGUAACAGAAUUAAAAGUUAAAAUACAAAAUCACAUCGAAGAAGGGUAAGAUUUACGUCUUUACAUGUAACUGUAUUUUAUUUUUACCAACUUAAACAUGUAAAUUAAAUAACUGCUUAAUAGGUCUAUUGAUGAUUGCAUUGCUAGAGUCAAAAUCAUAUACACGCAUACGAAAUAUUAUAGCAGACAGAAAGAAGUAAAAAGAAACUAUUUCUGUUUUAAAAAAAAAAUAUUCAUUAGCGAUUAGGUACCAGGUGGACUUAUUCUAUAACUCAGUUUCAGUUCAAUAACUUGCAGCUAAAUCAACCCAGGAGAGAGCUGACUGUCAUAUAUUUUCAGCCUUGUCAAAAAAUUUGAACAAAUCACAUUGCGAACUUUCUAGUAUAAUUUCUCUGUCUCGAAACUUUUCCCUAGAAACCGUAAAUGCUGAGGACACUUUUCUUAUAUGAAAAUAUAAAAAGAGAAGCCUUUUCUUUGUAGUUGUUAACAAAAGGGAUAACAAACGUAGAGAACCGCAAGAAAAAUAAGACACACCCAGGAUUCCAGGGUAAGACAAAGGAAAUUAAGGGCAGCUUCAGGAGAGCUCAGGUUGGCAAAAUGCUGCCUGACGGCUGGGAGCCAGAUCGAGCACGGUCUGUUUUUGUAAAAAUGCCCGUGAGCUCCGAAUGAGUUUGCUUUCUGUUUUCCCUUUAGUAGUUCUAAAGUAUUAAAAACAAACAGAGAAGAAGAUCCAACAGAGAUGUAUGUGGCCCACAAAGUCUAAAAUAUUUACUCUGGUUCUUUAUAGAAAGCAGAGUUCUGCAGGAGGGGAGGCUGAAGGUCGUUUUUAUUACGAUGGCUUCUAGAUAAUGAAGGGAAUUCUGAUGAUGGUGCAUCAUCAAGUCAUCAAAAGUGCUAGUGAACAAUUACAACAGGUUGGUCUGAGGCUUAAAACGAUUACAUAGAGAGGAGGAAAGAAUAUAUUAUUUCUCAACUACUUCUAUUUCCCUCAUUUUACAAAACCGAUAUAUCAAGGGACAUACUCAACAAUAGAGAUACAACUAAUAUGGUUGCACUCCAUAAUCUCAGGAUAGAGAGAACAAUUUUAUAAAUCUAUUAAAGUAUGAGAACACUAUUAGUACUAUUAAAGUCAGCAUCAGAUAAACUUUCUCUUAAAUAAUUUUCAAUAUUAAAUUUUUAAGUAACUCGGCAGAUGCAUAUUUUCCUUAUUUUUGGUGACUUGACUUAUAAAGUCCAAGCCAUGACUCUAGAAUAUUUACAUCACUAAGUAAAAUUUCCAAGUAAAAAUUUUCAUCUUAAACAAUGCGGAAAAAAAUGGUUUUGUUACAUUAUUCUAGGAUUUUACAAAAUAUAAUUCACAUUUAGAAAAAAAGUGGGGUUUUUUUAGCUCCAAAUAAUUAAAGGUUGCCUAAACUAAUGUGUGUAAGUAGAUUUAACUGUAAAUAUGUAAGGGAAGUCCUAAUUAUUGUACAUUUUCAUAAUUCAAUGUGAAUUUCAUACAGAGCAAAAUUUCACCAUUAAGAAAAUAAACAUUUUGUU